AUGAGUAGUGCAUUCCAAAUAUACAUGAUCGCGACAUCUCGAAUAUUGUUGCGACUGCAACAUGAGGCGGCCUGGUGCAGCACAUUCAGUUACCUGGAAACAUCACAAACGAGAGAUUCAGCUGGGUUCCAGGUGUUUCGAAGCGACGUACGGAAAGCGCCAAUUCUUCACACCCUGCUAGAACACCGCCAUACGUGUGAGCGACCCACGAUUCUAGUAUUCCUGGAUUUCCGAGGCGCGUUCGACUCGGUUGAUCGGUCUCUUCUUCUUGACACGCUUGUCCACCAAGGAAUGUCAAGGAAUUCUGCAAACAUAAUACGUUCUUUGUAUUUUCAGACUUCCGGACGUGUGAGAGUGUACGGAGAGCUCUCCAAAAGCUUCCGUACACAAUACGGUGUCCGUCAGGGAUGCCCACUCUCUCCAUUCCUUUUUAACUUUGUGAUCGAUGAAAUAAUGAGACGAACGCUGGAGGGGGGUUCGAAUCCGACCUCUACCUGUGGACUUCCCCUGUCUAGGCUUGGGCAACCUGGCAGUAGCCCAGCCCCCGUGCUUUCUUCUAAUGGCAGUUAG